GAGAUCUCCCAGGAAGGCCGACAGGAUGGCUGGACGACUGUCGAACGGCAGACCGGCAGGCCCAUCCGGUGGAUCUAUCAAUCGCCAACGCAGUGCGGGGUCGGUGGCGAAGCAGCCGUACGACCUGAGGUUGUAUGCGCACCUGCCUUCUCACGAGAUUCCUCUGCCGCCUUCGGAUGACGAGGGGGGGGAAGCCAGGUCGCCGACUUUGCCGUUGGGAAGCGGUUCUACGCAGGACUGGGCGGCGACUCAAUCGUGCGGCGGCAAGGGGGUGGAGACGCCGUGGUCUUACACGUCACUUCUAAACGAGGGGCUGUGCGAUGACGACGGUGAUGCGGCGGUUGAUCUGAGCUUUCAUCAGUCGAGCAGCAGCGGAGCAGCCGCGACGCACACUCGGAUCAUCAAUCCCCACCUGGGUGGGGAUUGCGCGGACAACACGCCGAGCGUCGGUGGAGGUGAUCGUAAUAACUCGUCGCCGAGCGUCGGUGGAGGAAUCGGUGCGCGUAAACAACCGAACUGGAUGCGCUUGUCGCCUGCGGCGCGAAGUGGACCCGGCGGUACUCGAGGGCGGCAGCCGGCGGAGGAUUUGAUUGGGGGAGUUCCGGACGUGCAACGCGACGGUAGGCAGGUCUGGGCAGAAUGCAGGCAGGAGUUGCAUCGAGGUGAAACGGAGACGAUCACCAGAGGGGUGCAACGGCUGCACGUCGACGAAGUGGAAGACACGGCUAUUGAUGAGGGGCAGGGGUGUGACAACGUGGACGACGAGGACGGUUGCAAGUCCGACGAUUUGCCAGACAUCAGGCCGCUUGGGAGGAGGGCGACGAGAGGCGGAUCCGGUGCUAAGAAGGGCCCCGCCAUGAAACCGAGACGGACGAAGAACAUGGAUGACGAUGGCGAGGGCGGCCAAAAUUUCUGGUCGGUGGGAGACAUGGUCGCGCUCGUGAGGGCGAAAAGGGAUCAAGAUAUGUAUAUCGCCGGCCUGGGGACUAGUUUCGCCCGCAUGAAAGCGGCCGCGUGGAAGUGGGAGGACGUGCGGGUGAGGUUGCAGGCGAUGGGAGUGACGAGGGAUGCCGUCGACUGCGGGAAGAAAUGGGACAACUUGAUGCAGCAAUUCAAGAAGGUGCACAAGUUUCAGAACCUCUCCGGCGGGAAGGACUACUCCAGGCUUGCUUCGAGGGAAAGGCGAUCGGAAGGCUUCAGCUUCGUCAUGGACCGGAGCAAGCGGGAGAACGUCCCUGCUGACACCCAGGGGCGGGCAGUGGGUCGGCGGCAUGUCCCCAAGUCGAAGAGGCUCCGUUCAGAAGAGCCAUCACCAAGCGUGCCUGUCCUGCGAGGGCGGUAUUGGGCGGCAUCGAACGAAGACGAAGAUGACGACGUGUUCAUGACAGAGGAGGAAGCAGCAGAUGACACCGUGGCAGCACCCCGGGGCAGCACUCUUCAAGCGAAGAAUGAUCAGGCCGCGGCGAGGAGAUUGCUCAUGCCCCCCCCGGAGGGGCAACAAGGUCGUGGGCAGAGGAACACGAAAGCUAAGAAGGUUGUUGUUGAUGUUAGCGACGAGGACAAUGAGCCAUUGGAAAGCCGCAGGCAGCGAAAUGCAAUGCAAGGUGCGACGGCGACGGGAGUAAGUAUAUGCGCCACGCAUGAAGAAAGGCCACCUCAAGGCGCCAUGCCGUCCACGCCGUCACAGCCGCGACCGCGCAACUCGGCUGCAGAUGGAGGGUCUUCCGAACGCGGGGGAGGUGAGGUGGCCCAGCAAGAAGCGCGCGUGGCGAGCGCUGGUGCAGGCGCGGGGUCCUCGGGCAAUGUCGCUGUCGUGGCGGGGGCGAGAGAGGAGGUUCCUGUUGUGGAGCGGGAGGUUGCGCGCGGCGAGAAUAAGGGGAACCGCCCCCGCGGAUACAAUCUCGCUUUCCAGUACGCGUUGGAGUCGGUGGUAACCGACCUUGCGCGCGUUAUGUGGUACGGCGAGGAGUGGAGCAAUGUGGUGAGCGUGACCGUUUGCGCGCACACGAUCGACCUCAAUAUGGACUUGCCACUGUGGUUUGCGGGGGUGAACAUCAACGACAGGCCGGAGGAGGACGACAUGGCUGCGUACCAGGAGUCGACUGUCCUGUGCGUCGCGCAUGCAUUUCGCGCCGCCGUGCAAAUGGGUGCCAACGUCGACGGCGGGUUCAUAUCGCACGAUCGUCUGUCGAGGAUCGCGGAUUGCUUCAGGCUGUUGUUGGCUGCCUGCAUGUGGUUGAUGCGCAUGGCGGAAGACGAUCAUUGUAGCCACUACGAAGCCUUCUACUUCGCGCAGCUGGUCGCGAGCCCACGCUGAUCGCAUCCAUGCAUCGCGCCUUCGAUCAUCGAAGGUCCGUCAUCCGAGCGACGAACGUCGUCACGGAGAGACUGGGGAAGGCGAACGCCACCUUUGGAGAGUACCCGAAGUACAUCCCCGAUUGGGCUUCCUGCGGCAUCACGUUCGGCCACGACUCGAGCAUCACGGGGCCAAAGGACGCGAAGAAGAGGGAUUGGUUGGGUUCGGGCCCCUUGGAGGAGGACGGUGACGACAAUGGCGAAAACGACGCGUAGGGGGUGGAGGGAUGGUGUUGUGCUAGAUUGCCUUGGUUUGCUUGUCGCUUGUGAUGGCACGUGGACGACGGGAAAGGUGGCAGCGCGUCGCGACACAGAUUGUUGUUGGUCUCUCCCUUUGCUCCGCACAAGCACAACGU